AUGGCCUCGACCAACGGGAUUCUCAGUCCCCCCACUCAACCGCAUUUAGACAUUGCACUAUCAGCGAAACGAAAACGCGACGAUAACAUUGAUCAGCCCGCUCUCAUAAAUGGCAUCACUAACGAAUCCAAAAUCGCAAUUACAGAGGAACCAGCGACGAUAGAUACACAAGAACUUGUCCAGGAUUUGAUUGAUGUACUGAAAAGUCAUGACCCUUCGCCCUCGAUCUUAACACGAACCCUUCCCGAACCAACCCCAUCGGUUGAACCCCAAGCCAAGAGACAAAAGUCAGAUGGCCCGACUGACUCGCCAACUAUUCUCUCACGCGCGUCGGCAAAUAAAUAUCUCACUAUUGAUGAGGUUCUCAAAGAUAUUGAUACUGCGGCAUCCGACAUUAUCGAGAGGCUACAGUUAUCCAAUGGCGCGAAUCGCAACCAAUAUAUACCUGUUCCCGCUGGACAGUCGGAACUAUCUGCCAAGAUUUUGGCCUUCAAGAAGAAAGCUCAUGAGCUUGUGCGCAGAGAAAAGGCCAACAUAGGACUACAAGCAAAGGCACACAGCAACCAAGUGACCAAUUCUAGCAGUUAUUUGGGAAACAGGAAUUUUGGAUCCAAUGCUAAUGCGCCAGUCACUGCUACAUCGGAAGACAGCAAAGUGGUUCUUACACUCUACGGCAACGCACCGCAACCGAAACAACUUUUCUCUAGCUUACAGAUUCCAAUAAAUGUUGAUGGAGAGUCAAUUUCUCAGCCUCUCCGCGAAGCUGGCCUACCGAAUGGGAUUACAACUACAAAAAUUGUUCCCAUGCAGCCCACGAGCUUGGUUGAUGAUAAGAAACGUUCCCAGACUCUAGGGGAGCUAUUCCCAACACCUCCAAACAUUCAUCCCUUAAAACCUCCCAAGCUUUCCAAGAGCCCAUUGCCGACAUCAAUCGAAGGAUGGCACCAGCCAUUGGUUGCCGAUCCACGAAGCAAUAUCUAUUCGAAGCAACCAGUUACCACUGGACAAUGGCUUGAUUAUAGCAAUACCUCAUCGCUCAGUCCAGAACGAAAACGCAUUAGAGUCGCAACCUCUAACGAAGAUGUUGAAGCGGAGCUUGACUCGAACGAAGUUGAUGCUGCCAAGUUGGAUGCUUUGUUUCGGAGUGCAUAUUCAGGAUUUGCGCCAACCAAGGAUGAUUCAAAGGCUAUCGCCCCGGAAAAUGUCUUGAACAAGAUCUGGUGGCAACGUGUAGGUGAAAAGCGAUGGGGAGAUAUAGUUGGAAAGGCUGAGGGGCUGAGCGAUGGCUAUCCCACAGAACCAAGUACUGAUAGCUUAGCUUUCACCGAUGCGGAAAUGGAAGAACUUGAGCAAGCAGUGAAAGAAUCUCCCGAUGCCUCAAUUGAUCCUAACUUGAUGUCUACCGAACUAAAGGUGGAAAAGACCGCAGAAGAAAAGGAUGUUGAGGAAAUACUGCAGGAUAUCUCGGAAUUGCUAGAGACACUCAACUCAUACCAAAGGAAUCGGCAUAUGUCUAACGCUAUGGGGCGUGCUGUUGGCGUGUUUGGAGCAUCUGAAACCACAUUCAUGGGAACCCCUGCAAAGCCCGGUGAUUCGGAAGUGUCUACAUAUGAGAUCCUCAAAUCACAGUUGGCAGUGAUGGUUGCUAUGUUACCGCCAUAUGCUGUUGCGAAGUUGAAUUCCGACCAAUUGGGCUGGAACUCAGCAUCAGUACCAAAAUGGAAGUUCCGUAUGACCGAAUCAAAAAAGGUGUCAUGGAGGAAGACGAGAUGUCAGCUCGUGCAAAAGUGGCGGCCAAUGAGUGCAGCGUCAAAUACACGCCCCACUACUAGCUCUUCCUUACACAGAAGCUCUUCUUCUGCUGCACUUUACGGCAAUCAGUACUCGUCAUCGCGACCAGCUCCAGCUCCUACUGGACAACAUUACGCUACUGUCCAAACCCCGAUCAGACCGCCGCCAAGUAAUUUGCAGCGUCCGCCUGCUACCGCACCUGUGCCUACUUCCUACAACCAGCGUGCACCAUCGGCUCCAUCUUAUCGUCCAGCGGCUUAUCCAGGAGCUGCCUACCCGCAUCAGUUCAGAACGCCGGGCCCGGCGGUACCGCAAUAUGCUCAAGCAAACGGCCAACAGCAACAGUAUCAACACAAUACGCCCGCUGCUUCCUAUACACGCCCUCCAACUCAACCAUACCAAAACAUUCCACAGUCUACGCCUCAAGCGGUGCGAUAUCCAAGUCAACCAUCAUAUGCUGCCCAGCAACAGCCAAUUCAAAAUGGUGCCGCGUAUCCUCAAGCUUACGGGAAUGGAGCACAUGUUGGCCGACAGAGCUCGCCUCAAAAACCUGUGUAUAAUCAGGCAAACCAUCUUUCUCAAUCUCAGGUCCGCCCUCCAUACUCAACACCUGCACCGCCCAUUCUACCACCAAAUGCCACGAGACACAUGCAAGGUCCAUUAGCUCAACCACCUGUCAUGAACGGCUCCUCCCAAUCACCUCAGCCUCAACCUCAGCCUCAGCCUCAGCCUCAACCGGCUUUGCCACCGCAACCACAUCACCAAAACUCCUACAGCAACAUGAGUACCUUCUUGACUUCAGGCGAGCAACAGACUAUAAUUGACCGUCAGCGGGCACAAAUUGUUCAACAACAGGGGACGCAACAUCAAGCCAGAAACUCCGCUCAAGCAGGUGCUCUAGGAUCACCACAGCCACAAAUCAAUGCUAACAGUGCCGUUGCGGCAGGUUUAUGA